AUGUCAAACAAAAAUCUAGCUUCACCCUUAGGAGAAGCAAAUAUUCCAUUAUUAUUACCGAAUGAAGAAGAGGAACAACAACAAACUCUUACAAGGAAGGUUAUGAUUGAAUCAAAGAAGCUAUGGAAUAUAGCAGGUCCUGCAAUUUUCAGUCGUAUUACAUCCUUUUCUAUGUUGGUCAUCACUCAAAUCUUCGGCGGUCAUCUUGGUGAACUCGAACUCGCCGCUAUCUCCAUUGCUGUUAAUGUCAUUGUUGGCUUCAAUUUUGGAGUCUUGUUGGGAAUGGCGAGUGCAUUAGAAACACUAUGUGGACAAGCAUUCGGAGCAAAACAAUAUCACAUGUUAGGAGUAUACCUGCAGCGGUCAUGGAUAGUUCUAUUCAUUUGCUGCAUUCUUCUAUCACCAAUGUAUAUUUUCACAACGCCAUUGUUAAGAGUUUUGGGACAACCAGAGAAUGUAGCGGUAUUAACAGGAGAAGUUACAAUGUGGAUGAUACCGUUACAGUUAUCACUCGCGUUUCAGUUUCCCCUCAGUAGGUUCUUACAGUGUCAGCUUAAAACCGCCGCUAUAGCUUGGGUUUCUCUGAUUGCAUUUUUGAUUCAUAUUUUAGUUAGCUGGUUGUUUGUGUUUAAGCUUCAGCUUGGUGUGAUUGGAGCUGCUGCUACUUUGAACUUCUCUUGGUGGGCAUUAACGGUUGGGCUUUAUGUUUAUACUGUUUGCGGCGGUUGUCCUUUGACAUGGAAAGGGUUUUCCAUGGAGGCUUUUUCUGGACUCUGGGAAUUUCUUAAACUCUCUACUGCUUCUGGAGUUAUGUUAUGUUUGGAGAGUUGGUAUUAUAAAAUUCUGAUAGUGAUGACCGGGAAUUUACCAGAUGCAGAUAUUGCAGUAGGUGCUUUGUCGAUAUGUAUGAAUAUAAAUAGUUUGGAGUUCAUGAUUCCAUUGGCAUUCUUUGCUGCAACAGGGUAA